AUGCCAUCUAGUGCUUUCAACUUUGGCAGGACAUUUGAGUCCGACACGGGACUGCCAGGGGAUGCCUAUGGCGGCGAGUUCAUGAACGACGACGAAAGCAGCGGCCUCUACCCGUACGUCGACACGGACAUGCUGCAGCUGGAUCAAGCUGCAUUUACAGAUCACAAAACACUCGGUGCUACCUCCGACCGCGCGACAGAACACACACAUCUAGGUGCGCCUGGCUUUUCGCCAGAGCUGCAUCGGGUCUCAUCCUCAUCAGGCUCGAGCCGAAGUGACGGUUCAAACUCGUCGAGGACCGGGAGUCGGACCUCGCCAGACAUUAUGAUGACAAAGGACAUGCCUUUUGGUAAUGGCAAAACACCACUUACCGUGAUUGGAAAUGGAGGCUUUGGUAUCGAUGGCAAUACCGACUUCCUGGUAGAUGACACGCAAGUCCCUUCGCACUUUGACAACAACUACUUUGAUUUUGAAAGUGCCUCAAUCGAGAGUGCCUCAAGCAGCCCAAGUGCUGCACCCGUUGCAGAUGGUCACCAGUCCAUGUCUCCAGAAGCUCAUUUGAUGGGCACCGUGGCACCUAUUGGAAGUCCAAAUGCAAAGAGAACGAAAACCCACGUGAAGGCUCAAUCUCAACACUCCUUGACCCAAGGGUUCCAGUCAUUACGCACCAACAGAGAGUCCAUGUCGCCAAUGCGAAAUGACCGCAUCACCAGAGGGCCGUCCAUGUCCCCCAUGUAUGUGAGCAACGAGGUGUCUCCGGCAACCGGCUUGAACACGCCUUCGCCCGAAAACAAAUUCGAUUUCAGUGCGCCACACAAUGGGUUACCCACUGCCCAAUCAUGGGGAUUAGGUUACCCGCAACCGGGUCCGUUUGCAUCGCAUGGAAUGGGGGAGGUGCCGGCUUACAAUAACCACCGCAUGUCGAACCUAGUUCCUCCGCCCCAGCAGCCUUUCCCUACAUCGGCGCCAAAGCUGGUCAUUCAGUCGACGCCUCUGAAGUCUCGCGUCGAGACGCAAAUACCCAUCAAGAUGAUUGUAUAUAACAUGCCGCCAAUGUAUAAGCGCCUUCAUCUACCUCCACAUACCAUCUCGAAAGCCAAACUCCUGGCAAAGCAGGCAGCAGCACCUUCACCCGAUAUGCUAGAGCUGUACACUAUGCUUGUUUGUACCAGCGCCAUGCGAGACGAGGAGAAGCUGAAAAAGGCAUUUGCUCGUGCAGCUGAAAUAGGUCACCCAAAGAAGCACGAAGCUGAUCCAGCUGACGAUGACGAAUCACCUCAGAACGGAGGUGAAGUCCGAAUUUGCGCCGGUUGCAUUACCCGAGAACGAAAACGGGCCGGCCGUAAGAAGAACAAGAAACCUGAAGAGGAUGAGCUGUGGGAUGCACACCAGUUUCAUCGGGCCAUUGUUUUCAACACGAACGAAGUCAAGGAAUGGCAAGCCGUUGCUGAGCCAGCAGUAGUUGGUGUUCAUAUUCCACCGGGUACGAUGCAAGUCGACGCGCCGAUGCGUAUUGCCUGCUACUGUCGACAUCACGCGGAGAAAAUGGGUUUCAAGGUCAUCUUUACCAUCAAGGAUUUCCAAGGUCGUGUCGUAGCGCAGGAGAUAUCUUCGUCAAUCAUGAUUACGGACGAUCACAAGACUCACGUGCCCGUCAGUGCUCAGGCGUCUUCGGGUACCGGCAACCCUGAGAACUCAAUGCCGUCUGCAUCAAUCGAAGCACCGGACGGCAAUUCACUCGAAACCACUCUGUCGUAUCAGCCAGCGACACAACCCGCGCCCGACUUUCAUGGCUUGCAACACGUCGCUCAGGCGCCGUAUCAUCAGCUAUUAACCAACCCCCAGAGCUCACAAGGUGCCUCGGUGGCGCCAACGCCCCAUAGCCAGUCUAGGCAGGUGUCGCCGGUCAGCCCGUCAGGCCCUGCCUCAAAGAAGAGAAAGGCUAGUGGUUCUGUCAAAGUGCCUUCGGAGCUCGCUAUGACUCGAAUCGAAGCUGCGCAGCCACCGCCAAACAUGCCUCUCGCAAAUCCGCCCAAUUCGUCGGCUGUCUCUGCCGCACAAUCCCCAUUCUCACCACCGGCGCAAAAUUACAACCUACAGGGCAAUAACAACGGAUUAUUCGCUAAUGGUACUCAACCAGGCUUUGGUUCCAAUGCUAUGCCGCAACAUUUCACAACAGGCUCGGUGACUCCCAACAAUACCAAUGGCAACGAUCAGGUCCUUUUCUCCGGUGCUAACAGAAAUAUGAGCUUGGACAAUUUAAACAUUACACAGUCAAUGUUUUCGGCACCUCCUUCAGCACACCCUAGCCGUGCCCCGAGUCCGAAUUCUUUGAGGAAUGAUGCCCAGCAGAGUCCGCUCAGCCAGGCAUUGUAUGCGCAAGCCUCCAUGAACAUGAAUGUCAACCCACCGGCUGUCCCGACAAUUCAUAAAAUCAUUCCCAACGAGGGCCCAAAAUCUGGUGGAAUUGAGGUCACUAUAUUGGGAAGAAAUUUCACCAACGAUGGCCUGGAGGUGAUGUUUGGAGAGCAGAGAGCGACGACAACCACCUACUGGGGUGAAACUUCUCUCGUUUGCCUGCUUCCGCCUUCUCAAAUUACUGGCCCCGUUGUUGUUUCUAUUAGACAACCCAGAUCCGCAGAGCCACCGACAUUAAGCAAGAAUCCGCCAAUUUUCCGUUACCACGAUGACAACGAAGAUCAGCUCAUGAGGACUGCUUUGGCUGUUCUUGGCACAAAAUUCAAUGGACAAAUCACAGAUGUUGCGAGCAUAGCACGUAGCAUCAUACAAGCCCGGAGCGGCGGAGAGCCAGUCUGGGGAGCCCCCGCCGGUUCAAACGGCCAAGCGCCAGGUGGCUAUAGCUUCGAUCACGCUCAUACUCUGGAGACUGCUCUUCUCCAGAUACUAGAGAUGAUCGAUCUUGACGAUAGUAUUCACAAGGUGCGAAUCAAUCUGAGGCGGUCCACUGGUCAGACAAUGCUUCACCUCGCUUGCUCGAUUGGCAUGAUUCGUUUCGUGGCUGGACUGCUGUCACGCGGGGCCAAUCCAGGUGCCCGCGACAAGGGAGGCUUUACGCCGCUACAUUUUGCUGCCAUGAACAACCACCCCGAGAUUGUUCGUCGCCUCAUCAUUGCCGGUGCAGAUCCAACGAUGCGCAGCCUCUCAGGCUUGCGUCCAGUGGAUCUUGCUCCCAAAGAUCCCACACAGUCUAGGGAUGUAGUUCGUGCCCUUCGCCGGAUUCAAACCCACGAGCGAAGCCGUAGUGGUAGCUCGCUGCAGAGCAGGGCCAAUAGCGCGACGUCCUUACGAUCGCUGUGGGAUCCGCCUGCCGCUAUUCGCCCUCAAGAAUUUAUGUCUGAUUCGUCUGAUCGGGUCGAUUCGAGUGAUAGCUAUGAAGACUCGUCCGAGGAUGAAAAGCCAACUGCUGAGAGCGAAUGGCUAAAUAUGAGACGAGCGAGUGCUACCCAUGGUAGUAAGCCUCCACGCGCCGUUGCCUCGCCACCCGCGACAGAUAUCCCCGCUGGCAUGGCCUCACCUACAGCCGCCAUGACAGCUUUCAGGGAUCAAUUGACAGCACAGAUGCAACAGUUUCAGCAAAGUAUGGCAAUGCAUCUCCAAAACUGGCCGCAGUGGCAAAUGCCGCAAAUGCCACAGAUGCCACAGAUGCCGCACAUGCCAGUUCUUCCGGAUUAUCACAACUAUUUGCACAACGCGCCGCCUGUCAUGCAACGCAUCGCCUCUCUGGUUCCCGCGAUUGGUGCCGCAAGACCUGACUCCGCUGAAGAACAGGUCCCAGGGGAUGGAGGCAGGCAAAGAUGGGAAGCACCGUCCGCCUUGAGCGCCAACCACGCAUCGCCUCCCGCCUACGAUGAACUCUUCCCGCAAAAGCAGGCCAAAACCAAGCAAGAUCUCAAGCAAGCAAACAUUGCUGCCGCCACCACAGCCGCCGCCGAGUGUGCACUAGACGAGAAGUGCGCAACACUAUAUGAUCAAGACCAGGUAGCAGUUGAAUCAUCAAGGGUCCGUGAGAGGCCAGCGCUUCUGCAGAUUGGGCACAAGAAUGCCAUUACAAAGGAGCAACAGGAGAAUUUACAGCGCGCCCACGCCGAGAGGCUCAAGACCGGCAGCAGUGAUAAGAUGCUCUGGUUCGUCUGGAUUCCUCUGCUCACUCUCAUUCUCGGCUUUAUGCUCUUCAACGGCGCUUUGGGCUUUGUCUCUGGAACAGGCAGUAUCAUCAAAUCGACGGCGACCUUAGUGGCAUCCCCUGGGGAAGCCCUACUACGAAUGCGCGAAGAAGCUCCCGCUUAA